UCACCGGGGAGCCCGGCUCUGACGAACGGUCCCCGGGCUUGUCGGGGGCUGCCUGCAGGGGGCCGGCGGGGAGCGGGAGGUUCAUCAUGUACAGCAUGCUGCCCAUGCGCCUCGACACCUGUCGGGACGAGGAAUGGCAUCCAAGUGGUCCUGAAUGUCCAGCAAAGAAAGGUUCUUCCCGGGAGGACGCCGGCAUGCGGUGCCAGAGGAGGGCCCAGGUGAGGUCCCAUGUGCAUCUGCCUUCCGUCCGGAGCUACCAUCUCAGCCGGCGGGACUAACUCCCUGAGAGAGGAGUUGACUUCAAGUCUGAAAUAAAGCGAAGGCCCCGGCACAAAGGCACCAUUGUUGACGCAGAAGCGCACCGUGAAGCAAAUCUCAUUCGCUGUCACACUUCUGUCUGACCACCUCUGAGGUAUCAAAGGUGAAGCUGGCCAUGAAGCUGUUUGGGGCACUGAUGGCAUUCAUUUUGCCUCUGGUCAGAGCUCAGGUGCCUCACUGGGGUCCAUGUCCAGAACCUGAUGUCCAACCCGCCUUCAACCUCAAACAGUUCAUGGGGAGGUGGUUUGAAAUCGCCAGGCUGCCGACGCAGUUCGAGAGGGGCCGCUGCAUCGAGACCAAUUUUACAUUCAGAGGAGACAAAUCCAUUCGAGUGGUCAGCUCGGAAAUACUGAAAGGAGAGGUGAGGAAAAUCGAAGGAACCGGUGUCAUUGAGGAUCAGAAGAAUCCUGCCAAACUUGGAAUUAGCUACUCAUACGUGCUGCCGUUUUCCCCCUACUGGAUCCUGUCCACUGACUACGUGAACACGGCGCUGGUGUACUCCUGCACGGACAUCCUGCGUCUCUUCCACCUGGACUUUGCCUGGAUCUUGAGCCGCACGCGCAACCUGCCCCAGUCAACUAUUGACGGCGCCAAGGAGACUUUCGCCAACAACAACAUCGACGUGAUUCGCAUGAUUGACACCAAGCAGCAGGGCUGCGACAAAGACGCGCCCUGGAGUGACGAGCGGCUCUUAUAAAAAAUCAAAUAAAAAAUGAAUGCAAUAUAGCCACAUGCUUGCACUGAACCACUGCUUCCGUUUCAACAACAAAAGAAAGACGAUAGCUUAAACCCCAAACUCAGGUAAGAGUGAUGGUUUUAUAUUCUUGCUUCUACUGAACUAAUCUACUGAACUAGUUAUUUUGUCAUCUGCCACGUGCUUAGAGCCUAAACCAGUGACACAAAGCUGCCAAUGACAACAAAUAAACAUUUGAAAUUCAA